CAGCCAUGUGGGUGUUCGGCUACGGCUCCCUUAUCUGGAAGGUGGAUUUCCCCUACGAGGAGAAGAUGGUGGGGCGCAUCCUGGGCUACAGCCGCCGCUUCUGGCAGGGCAGCACCGACCACCGCGGCGUGCCGGGCAAGCCUGGAAGAGUUGUGACUCUGGUUGAAGAUCCUGAGGGGUGUGUAUGGGGUGUUGCUUACAGAUUGCCAGCUGGACAAGAAUGUGAAGUAAAGGCAUACCUGGACUUCAGAGAGAAAGGAGGCUACAGGACUACAACUGUCAUUUUCUAUCCAAAAGACUCAUCAGUAAAACCGUUUGAUGUAUUGUUAUACAUUGGAACUUGUGACAACCCUAACUACCUUGGUCCAGCACCUCUAGAAGAAAUUGCUGAACAGAUUUUUAAUGCAGUUGGUCCUAGUGGAAGAAACACAGAAUACCUGUUUGAACUUGCUAAUUCUAUCAGAAAUCUCGUACCAGAAGAUGUAGAUGAGCAUCUCUUCUCCUUAGAGAAACUAGUAAAGGAACUCUUGGAAAAGCAUCAAAACCUAAAUUGUCUAUAAAAUAACUUCUUGCUUUUAACGAUCUUGCUUCAUCUUCAGAGGAAUGGUUUCGUUGCACAAUGGGUAUAUGACUUGGAGGCAUGUUUCUCUGUACUAUGCUAUCUUAUUUAUUUUAAUAUCGCAUUCAAAAUAGUAGUUGGUCAUUAAAACAUACUGUUAGAAAAAUCAUUCUUCCAGGAGUCUAUAGAAAAGGGAGCAGGGGAAGUGUUUUAGGUUUGAAUUUGGUAUAUUGGGGUUUUAUCCAAAGACUACUACUUUAUGAAAAUCUCAAGAGAACCACUUAAGCUUCUCUUUGUUUGAAGAUGUAUUUUUUUUAUUAUUUCAGGUUUAAAAUAAAUCUUUAGGCUAUUUUUAUGAUCUAAAUCUGCAUUCAGAUACAACUCCCAUUGAUUUAAGUGAUAGUUCUUUCUGAUUCAAGACCACAGGCAUGGAGCUCAGUGCAGCUAAAGAGAUAAAUAUUAAGUAGUUGUUGUAAAUUCCAUAGUAAAUGCAUAGUAGAACAUUUAUAUCAUCAAUGUUCAACUUCACUGAAAGUUACUCCACUGAGUUAGACAUCUUACCCUUUAUAUAUUAGUUUGUCCUUAAACACAGAGGAUAAACUCUGUCAUUGUCAAGGAAUUAAAUCUUUCCCUUGGCUCAUUAUGUCAAGCCCCUGAAAACCAAAGCACAGGGUACUUUGACACAAACAAGCCAUAACAUAUCAGUGCCUCAUUUUAUUUUUUAAGAUUAAUAUAAAGAUUAAAGCCAAAAUGUUAAAAUUAACUAAGAGUAUGACUUGCAGUCACAAUGCAGCAAGAAUGUUCAGAAACUCUCAUCUUUGUUAUUUGCCUUUAGAUGCUGUUGUAACCCCAUCUCUUAAAAAAUUCACCAAUCUCUGAGGAUAGAUUUUAAGCCAGUAACUUUCAACCACUAUUUCAGGGAUUCACAGACAAAGGGUAAUUAAGAAAGGAACCCUCUUUGUCUGUACAACACUUACGUGUGUUGUACAGACAGCCAAACAAAGAGGGUUGGAAAGCCACCAGUUUAAGGCUAGUAGGCUUACUUUAUGCAAAACAUAAGCAAAUGGAGUUUCCGUCCCAACAAGGACUUGUC